AUUCAAGAGUUCCACAUUUGAACAAAAGAAAGAAAAAAGCCAUCGACUUUACCCAUAUAUAUGCCAUAAGAUCAACCACAGUUUCUUUCCAUUAAUUUGGAAGAAACUAUUCCUUCGAGUUUCUUCAAAUUUGUAUUAUUAGUUUUUUUUUUUGUAUUGUACAAUUUGAUAAAAACAUGAUCUCCUGGCUCGAUAUCUACCAUGUUGUUUCAGCAACUGUUCCUCUCUAUGUCUCAAUGACAUUAGGUUUCCUCUCUGCAAGACAUCUAAAGCUCUUCUCACCCGAACAAUGCGCAGGCAUCAACAAAUUCGUGGCCAAAUUCUCCAUCCCUUUGCUUUCUUUUCAAAUAAUCUCUGAAAACAACCCCUUCAAGAUGAGCCCUAAACUCAUUCUCUCUGAUAUUCUCCAGAAAUUCUUAGUCGUUGUUGUAUUAGCCAUGGUUUUAAGAUUCUGGCAUCCAACAGGAGGAAGAGGAGGAAAAUUGGGUUGGGUCAUAACCGGAUUAUCUAUAUCGGUGUUGCCAAAUACUCUCAUUCUUGGAAUGCCAAUCUUGAGUGCCAUCUAUGGAGAUGAAGCUGCGAGCAUCUUGGAGCAGAUUGUUGUCUUGCAAAGCUUGAUUUGGUACACCAUCUUGCUCUUUUUGUUCGAGCUUAACGCCGCAAGGGCGUUACCAUCUUCUGGAGCUUCCCUAGAACAUACAGGCAAUGACCAGGAAGAGGCUAAUAUAGAGGACGAGCCAAAAGAAGAAGAGGACGAAGAAGAAGUAGCAAUAGUGAGAACAAGAUCUGUUGGAACUAUGAAGAUUCUAUUGAAGGCUUGGAGAAAGCUUAUAAUCAAUCCAAAUACAUACGCAACAUUGAUCGGAAUCAUUUGGGCUACUUUACAUUUCAGAUUGGGAUGGAAUUUGCCUGAGAUGAUUGAUAAAUCAAUACAUUUAUUAUCUGAUGGAGGCUUAGGAAUGGCCAUGUUCAGCUUAGGUCUGUUCAUGGCAUCACAAAGUAGUAUCAUAGCAUGUGGUACAAAAAUGGCGAUUAUAACAAUGCUGCUCAAGUUCGUAUUAGGACCUGCUCUUAUGAUUGCUUCUGCGUAUUGCAUCAGAUUAAAAAGUACUCUCUUCAAAGUAGCAAUAUUACAGGCAGCAUUGCCUCAAGGAGUAGUGCCAUUUGUUUUUGCAAAAGAGUAUAAUCUUCACCCGGAGAUCAUUAGUACUGGGGUGAUAUUUGGAAUGCUAAUUGCCUUACCAACAACUUUGGCAUAUUAUUUUCUAUUGGACCUAUGAAUAUGACAUGUUCAAAAAAAAAACAUGUUUUAUACGUAGGCUCUUAAUUUUGGAUUUUAUAUGGUAUUUAAUUUAGUCAUAGUUUUUUAGAUGUUGAAAUUAUAAAGCUAAUAAUGUCAACCAUUCUCUUUAAUUAUUGUAAA